UUUGAAGUCUAAAGUGACGGUCUAACCAGAGCAGAGGUAACACGGUCAAAUGUUAAGCUCUGGUUCUGGUUUAUAGAAAGCGAAUAAUAGUUUUCUGAGCGCGUGGUCUGCAUUCACCCGGGAACAUGUCCGCCGUUAUUCCUCGCAUCGAGCAGCUUUCCUCCAGAGUGGUCCGUGUUCUGGGCUGUAAUCCCGGACCUAUGACGCUGCAAGGGACCAACACUUACCUGGUGGGCACGGGGAGAAGGCGUGUGUUGAUUGAUACAGGGGAGCCUUCCGUUCCUGAGUAUAUCAAUAAUCUAAAGGAAGCUCUGCACCAGAAUGACACCUCCAUCCAGCAAAUCCUUGUUACACACUGGCACCAUGAUCAUGCCGGAGGAGUACCUGACAUCUUCACACACAUACGCAAAGACUUGGAGGUGAGUAAACUCCCUCGCUCUCCCUCUCAGCCAGAGGGGAUUGGAGAGGAGAAGAGGAAAUACACUUACUUGAAGGAUGGAGAUGUGAUAAAGACUGAGGGGGCUACUCUACGGGUGUUGUUCACCCCAGGCCACACUGAUGAUCACAUGGCUCUGUAUCUGGAAGAGGAGAAGGCAGUGUUUUCUGGAGACUGCAUACUGGGGGAGGGAACGGCUGUGUUUGAAGACCUACAUGACUAUAUGCUCUCACUGCACACACUACUUGAUGUCAAUGCUGACCUCAUCUACCCAGGUCAUGGUCCUGUUGUGUUGAGUGCAUGCAGUAAGAUCCGGCAAUACAUCACUCACCGUGGUGCUCGCGAGCAGCAGAUUUUGGACGUGCUCAGACAUAAUGCUGCAGAUGCCUUCAGCUCCUCUGCCCUGGUUAAACUGGUUUAUAAGGACACCCCUGAGCACUUACAUCGUGCUGCAGAAAUCAACUUGCUUCAUCAUUUAAAAAAGCUACAGAAAGAGGGAAAGAUCUUUCUGGUUGGAGAUUCAGAGAAGUGGAAAAGCAACCUGUGACUGCCUGCCACUGAUGGAUAUUAAUGAUGAACAAUGAUUCAAUUUAACAGAUAUAGUGCCUCUGUGGAUACUGCUUAAUGCAGUAAUAUAGUCCAUAUGUUAAGUGCUCAGUGUCUUUGGUUCACAUUUUAUCUGAAUUUUUACACUUAGUCUACUUACUUGCCUUUUCAAUAAAUUCAUAACAUUACGAUGUUAUCUGGUGCAUGCAUAAGUUCCUCAGUAGUCUGGCCUAGUGCUAGUACUUUAAUUCAAGGAAAAUAUUAUUGUGGCUAUUAGUUGUAUGUAUUUUGUACAUUAUUAAUACAGGUUGUAUCAACUGCCACUACACUGUACAUCAUUGACUGAUUAUGGCCAUUGGGCUUUGCUACAUUGCAUGCCAACAUUUUAUAUGGUAUUCUUUUGGAGAGAGAAAACUGCUUCAAAUGGCUAGACUGUGACUGCUGUGUUAUCCAGGCAGAAUUCUGUAAUUAUUGUUGUAAGCCGUUUCAUGGAAUUGUCAGCCCCUUAUCUACAGAGCACAGACUGCACCCCACAGAGGACUGGCUUAGUGAAGGCAUUUACUCACUGAUAAGGAGGCAGUGAUGUGACCAUAUUUGAGGAAUAAAUACAAACGCCAUUUCCGGAAAA